CCAAAUCGCCUCGACCUUUUUUCGGCCUCUUCCUCCUCCUCCUCCUCGAACCUCUCACUCUCUCCAUCGACCCCCUCUUCUGGGUUUCUCGCUCCGCCGCGGGUGUCGAAUUAUACGGCGAGGGCGAGAUCGGCGUCCUCUGCGGGAACCUUUUCCUCCGUCGUACGAAGCUGUGCUGUCUGAGUAUAACUGAAGAGGGUCUCGAGUUUGUUGAUAAUUCAAGUCUGAUAGCCGAGGACUGUACUUUGCAACCCUUGUUAUUUGGAUAUAAUGGAAGAUAGUCAAUUCGUGGUUCCUCCAGCAGUAGCUUCUACAGACUAUCCAUCCACUGGUCAAUUGCCUGCUGGAUAUGCAGCCUCCAAUCCAGACGCUACUGCUGCUGGUGGAGAAGCUGAUCCUGCAUCUUCUGCAGCUGCUGUUUAUGCUUCAGUGGAUAACACAAAUCCUGAAGCAAAAAUUGAAAUUCAAAAUUCAGGCUCUGUUGCACAGGAAGCCACAUAUGGUAUGGCUUCGGAGUCUGAAAAUGAUAAUGAGGCUUCUGGAGCUGGUCAAAACAUUGGAAGCCAAGACACCACUGCUAGUACGUACCCAGUUGAUUACAGUUCUUUGAACGGAACUGCUGCUGAUGUGGCAAGUUAUCAAUCUACUGGAGUUACCGAGAAUGGAGUUUUGACAAAUGAUGCAAGUGGUCAAGUUCUUGGGCAACCAUACGAGGAUGCGGCAUAUUCUCCUGAAGAGGAGAGAUUGUGGAAUAUGGUUAGAGUAAAUUGUUUAGACUUCAAUGCUUGGACAGCCCUUAUUGAAGAAACAGAGAAAGUUGCAGAGAAUAACAUUAUAAAGAUUAGAAAAGUCUAUGAUUCAUUUUUAGUUGAAUUCCCUCUAUGUUUUGGCUACUGGAAAAAAUAUGCUGAUCAUGAAGGGCGUCUUGAUAGCGUGGAAAAGGUUGUGGAGGUUUAUGAAAGGGCUGUUCUGGCAGUGACCUACUCAGUGGAAAUAUGGGUUAACUAUUGUCAGUUUGCCAUAUCAACAUACGAGGAUCCAGAUGUCAUUAGAAGGCUGUUUGAACGAGGUUUGGCAUAUGUAGGGACAGAUUAUCGAUCAGAUCUGUUGUGGGAUGAGUACAUUAGAUAUGAAGAGUCUCAUCAGGCAUGGAGUCAUCUUGCGAUGAUUUAUACAAGAAUACUUGAGCAUCCGAUACAACAGCUUGAUCGCUAUUUUAAUUGUUUCAAAGACUUGGCUGCUACUCGACCUUUGUCAGAAAUAAGAACUGCCGAAGAAGCUGCUUUGUUGUCUGCCACAACAGAGAAUGAUGGCCAACAAGGUCUUGAGGGCGAGGUUCGUUCUGAUGGUGUAGAACAGUCUCCUAAACCCGUAAGUGCAGGUUUAACAGAAGCAGAGGAGUUGGAGAAGUAUAUUGCAAUUAGGGAAGAGAUGUAUAAGAAAGCUAAAGAGUACGAUUCUAAGAUCGUUGGUUUUGAAACAGCUAUAAGAAGGCCAUACUUCCAUGUCAGGCCACUUGAUGACUCAGAGCUUGAAAACUGGCAGAACUAUCUUGAUUUUAUAGAGAGGGGAGAUGACUUUAAUAAGGUUGUCAAAUUGUAUGAAAGAUGUCUAAUUGCAUGUGCUAAUUAUCCCGAGUUUUGGAUCCGCUAUGUGUUAUGUAUGGAGGCUAGUGGAAGCAUGGAGCUUGCUAAUAAUGCUCUUGCUCGUGCCACUCAAGUUUUUGUGAAGAAACAGCCAGAGAUUCACCUUUUUGCUGCCAGAUUCAAGGAACUAAGUGGAGAUGUUUCAGGAGCACGUGAAGUAUAUCAGUUUCUAUACUCUGAAGGAUCUCCUGGGCUGCUAGAAGCCCUUGUGAAGCAUGCGAAUAUGGAAUAUCGUCAGGGAGAGAAAGAAGCUGCCUUUUCUGUUUAUGAAAAGGCUAUUGCUGCUGAACAGGAAAAAGAGCAGAGCCAUCUUUUGCCUAUGCUUAUUAUUCAGUACUCUCGAUUUGUAUAUUUGGUUGCUGGUGAUCUGGAAAAGGCAAGGGGAAUAUUAUCUGGAUCCUUGGGUCACCUGCAACUGUCAAGACCUGUUCUUGAGGCUGUGAUUCAUCUAGAGUCAAUUCAUCCAUCUCCUAAGCAUGUUGAGUCUGUAGAUUCAUUGGUGGAGAAGUUCAUUACACCUGAUGCUGAAAAUCCCAACGUGACUGCAAGCACGAGCGACAGAGAAGAGAUAUCUUCGAUAUUCCUGGAGUUUUUGGAUCUGUUUGGAGAUGCUCAAUCUAUCAAGAAGGCUGAGAAUCGGCAUUCUAUACUUUUCUUGCGUCACAGGCCUGCAUUAGUAUCAAGGAAACGAAGUGCUGACGAUACCUUUGCCUCGGACAGGGCUAAAAUGGCUAAGACUGGAGAUGGAGGGCAAUCAAUUAUGGGAGCCUACCCAAAUGCUCAGAGCCAGUGGCCCAGUGGUUAUGGUCAAAAGGCUCCAGCCUGGCCUCCGACUUCCCAAGCACAAGGGCAGCAAUGGAGUACUGGAUAUGCACCACAGGCUGGUUAUGCUGCAUAUGGAGGUUAUGCUAAUUAUGGUCAACCAGUGCCUCAGCCAGCUCCUCAGGCUGCCACUUACAGUGCUUAUCCUGCAACAUACCCUACCCAGGCUUAUGCACCACAACCUGCAGCAGCAGCAGCCGCAGCAGCGACAGUGGCAGCAACAGCAGCAGUGGCUGCAGCUUACCCUCAGCAGCCUGUGGCGUCAGCAGCGGCGGCUCAGCCGUAUUAUGGCACGUAUUAUUAGAUCUACCCCUUGUUCCUUUUUCUAUAACACCUGCCUCUCUGUAUACUAGAUUAGGUCCUUUUCUCUCAUCUCUGUUGUAUUUUCACUUGAUCAACGUCAAAGAUUGACUAAUUUAGGAGGGUUCAAAACUUGCUUCUAAGCUUUCAUGUAGUGAUAAUGUAAUCUGUUACCUGGGUGGUGUCUUUCUAAUUGGAUUUUCACGUUGAUGCAUUAACGAAGGACCGGCCCUUUAUGAAGUUAAUUUCUUGAGGUCUGAUUGUUAGCCGAUUGCUGUUCCUUGGUGCUUUCAGACCAAAACACAAGUGAGCUUUUGUUACGAAAACAGUUCCGAACAGCUACUCAAACAGCAUUUGUGAAGAAGCUCCCGCUAGGCCGAGCCGGUUCUUCAUUUUCUCUUUUUCAGUAAACCUGGCUACAGGAUGUAGGUUGGUGACUAGUAUCUUGGGAAAGUUAAACUUCUUAAUUUAUCGGUUAGUUAAAAGUAAAACAAAUGAGAUUACUGGUGAAGUGCAGAUGCAGUAAAUUGCAUGGUGUAUGUGAAAUUUCGCCGAACUAGUUGUGAUGUGUUUUUUUUUUUUUUUUUGUUUUUACCCUUUUUUGGUGUUUGUAAGAUGCUACCAGUGCUGGCCCACUCAUGCAUUAAGUGGGAUUUGAAUUUGGUCUUGUCAUUUGCACUA